AUGGCGUUAGAAGUAAAAAACAAAUAUGAUUUUGUUAGUGGAGCCAUUCCAAGUCCUAAUGAGGGAGAUCCAAGGCAUGCAGCAUGGAGGAGAUGCAACCGCAUCGUAUGCUCUUGGAUCCUGAGAUCUGUCAGUCCAGCCAUAGCUGAAAGCGUCAUGUACUUUGACAAAGCUUCGGAAAUAUGGAGUGCACUCAAUCGAAGGUACUCACAAACUUAUCCUCAUAAGAUAUCUGAAGUACAAAAUGAAAUUUAUAAGAAUGUGCAGGGAAAUUUAUCUGUGAAUGAGUAUUUUACCAAGUGUAACUCUCUGUGGCAACAACUGAGCACCCUGAGGCCCUUGCCUUUGUGUGAGUGUACACCUAGAUGCUCGUGUACUCUCAUGGAAAAGUUGCAGAAAGAAAGAGAAGAUGAUUGUGUCAUCAGAUUUCUAGAAGGUCUGAGUGAGGAGUAUGAGCCUGUUAAGUCAGGGGUCCUUGUCAUGGAUCCUAUGCCAGAUGUGGGAAAAGUGUUCAAUAUGGCUUUGAAGCUAGAAAGGAAAAUCAGGGGAAUCAUUAGUGGCCUAAUUCAAGCUAAUGCAGCUCAAAACAGUGGUCAAACACAAGCUAUAUAUGAGCAAAAUGUUGUGGCUUACUCAUCAUCAAACAAUAAGAAAAAAUUCAGCAGUAAUGGAGCAAAAAAUGUGCCUAAGUGCACAUUCCGUGGUAUGUUAGGACAUACUAUUGAGAAGUGCUACAAAAAGAAUGGCUAUCCACCAGGGUGGAUUCCAGGUUAUAAGACUAAGUUCAAAAGCAAUCAGGAUGGACAACAUUCCAUGAAUACCUCUGUGAAUCACGUUGGAGAUACAGGCCUAUCUGAUGAUCAGUUUCAAAGGCUGGUGGUCCUUCUUCAAAAUCAGAAUAAAGCCAAUCAGACACCUUCCAUUGCUGCUGUUGCUCUCACUAACUAUGGACUCAUAGCAGAUUUUAAAGAGCUUGCUGAGAAUCAUAAUGAAGGUAACCUAUACAUCAAUGUUUUUCAGAAUUCCCUUAAUGUGUGGAUACUAGAUUCUGGUGCCACAGAUCACAUUACAUGUUCAUUAGAAUAUCUUGAAAGCAGUUAUCAAGUCUCUGGAAUCUCUGUUAAAAUGCCUAAUGGAAAAACUGCUGAAGUCACUCAUAUAGGGAAGGUGAAAUUGGAUAACAAUAUCUUAUUGCAGAAUGUGCUAUGCAUCCCAACUUUUGCUUUCAAUAUAGUAUCUGCAAGUAAACUAACCAAACAGGCAGAAUGUAGAGUCAUUAUAAGACCUGAUUAUUGUGAUAUACAGGGACCUAUUGGAAGAGUGGAUGGUUUUGCUAAGGAAGAGGAAGGACUCUACUUGAUUGCUAGACCCCCUGUCAGAUUGAGAAAACAGGUGCCUGAUAAGGGAGUGAGAUCACAUUGUAAUAGCAUUAGCAUUGAUGUAUGGCAUGAAAGACUACGACAUUAUCCUGUUAAUAAGAUCCCCUUCUUGAAAGGAAUAAACAUUACUCUUCCUGCUAGAACUGUUGACAUGGUUUGUGAGAUUUGUCAUUUUGCCAAGCAUAAAAGGUUAAUUUUUCCUGUUAGCAAUUCCAGAGCUCAGAAAUCUUUUGAUUUAUUGCAUAUGGAUGUGUGGGGUCCAUUAGCUGAUGCUUCACUAAAGGGUGAACACUAUUUUUUAAACAUAGUUGAUGAUUUCAGUAGGUUUACCUAG